AUGGAAGGCAACCGCGACGAAGCAGACAGAUGCAUCGGCAUCGCCCUCAGGGCUAUAGAAACGGGGGACAAGGAGACGGCGGUCAGGUUCCUCACCAAGGCGGAGAAGCUAUAUCCUACAGAUAAGGCGAAAGUGCUGCUCGAGUCUCUCAUGAAGAAUGGCAGCGCAGCUGGGAACGGCCUUCACCGUCGCCAGAGAGCCGAUGGCUUGGAGAACAGCAGGCCCACGGCCGGCAGCGAGAGCAGGGAGGGGGCAGCGGGGGGGGAGGCGGUCCGGAGCUUCAGCCAGGAGCAGGUGGAGGGGGUACAGAGGAUCAAGAAGUGUAAGGACUACUAUGAAGUCCUGGGUGUGAGCAAGGAGGCCAGCGAGGACGAGCUGAAGCGAGCUUACAGGAAGCUGGCACUCAAGUUCCACCCGGACAAGAACCGUGCUCCCGGGUCAACCGAGGCCUUCAAGAAGAUCGGCAAUGCAUAUGCCGUGCUGAGUAACCCGGACAAGCGGCGGCAGUAUGACCUAACGGGGGCCGAGGAACCUGCCGGCGCCGCCCAGGCAAACGGAGGCUUCCACUUUCACAGAGGCUUCGAGGCUGACAUCACCCCUGAGGACCUCUUCAACAUGUUCUUUGGAGGCGGAUUCCCCUCGACGGCAGCCCACACCUUUACCAAUGGCAGAGCGCAGCACAGUCACCGUGGAAACCACACACACCAAGAGAGGCAUGAGAACCGAGGAGACAGCGGCUUCUCGAUGUUUGUCCAGCUGCUGCCCAUCCUGGCACUCAUCCUGGUGUCUGUGCUGAGUCACUUGAUGGUGGUCACCCCCCCGUACAGCCUGCAACCUCGAGUGUCCACAGGACAGACCAUGAGGCGGCAGACUGAGAACCUGCGCAUAGAUUAUUACGUCAGCAAGGACUUCAGCUCCGAGUACAAGGGGCCAGCAGUGCAGGAGGUGGAGAGGGAUGUGGAGGAGGUGUAUGUGACCAACGUCAGGAACAACUGCUGGAAGGAGCGGCAGACCAGACGAGAUUUGCUGUACGCUGCCAGGAUCUACGGGGACGACCGGCUACGUCACAAGGCCGACCUCAUGUCCAUGGACAGCUGCAAAGAGCUGGACAGACUGAAUGAGCUCUUCCGUGGAGGGUAGCCUCACACCCUGACCUCCUGCCACAUGGACCUUUAGAGCAAAUACUGUACAGCAUGGAUGCUUCUCUGAUAAAUAAAAACGGUCCCAGGUCCAAGCGAAGCAGUUAGGGGAGGGCGAUUCUGCUGGUCCCUCCCUGAGAAGAUGGGCCAGACUGCGAGGCAGCAGCCUGCACCGACUCCGGUCUGUCUGGGAAAGAGGCACUUUGCUGCAAAGGCUGCUUCCUCCUGCCUGUAAGAGUGUCGCUUGGCGUGAUGUGAUAGCUCCACCUCCACCGCCCGUCCUGCCCCCACAUCCAUGCUAGUUUCAUGACACCUCUGGUAGGGUUAGCUUCACUGGGACACUUUCAUCCAAGACCAACAGUUAACCACUUAAUGAGAAACUUAAAUGUAAAUAUUUCACUUUUGAAUGUUUCACUUAGGUGAUAGGUAUAUUAAUAUAUAUUUAAAGAGCAGUUGUCUAUGAAAUGAUUAAUAAAUUCAGUAAAACGUGA